UCUGUUCACCGAAUCUAUCGUCCGCCACACAGGCGCAAACCCUCCUUCCCCCUCGCCACAUCUGCCACGCCGCCGCCGCCAUGAAGCGCUCAGCCGACGCGAUGACGGAGCCGGCGAAGCCCGUGUUCCUCACCAAGGCUGAGCGGGAGCGCCUUGCGCUCGAGCGCCGCCAGGCCGCCGUCUCCGACCAGCGCCGCACCGCGCUCGACCUCCUCCAGUCCCUGCCCCGGCCCCCUCCGCCGCCGCCUCCGGGCGGCCCUCCCCCGUCCGGCUCCAACUCCGCUCCUCGUGAGUCCUCCAGCUCCCACCGAGACUCCUCCGACCGGGACCGGGACAGGGACCGGGACCGGGACCGCCGCCGCGACGACGACUCCCGCCGCGACCGAGAUCGGGAUCGGGAGCGCGACCGGGACGACUCCUCCCGCCGCGACAGGGACAGGGACAGGGACAGAGACCGAGACCGGCGCGACCGCGACCGGGACAGGGAUCGGGAGCGGGAGCGAGACCGGGACAGGGAGCGUGGAGACCGCGGGGACCGGGAGAGGGACCGGCAGGAGAAGAUGGCGGAGCGGGAGCGUGAGAAGGAGCUCGACGCGAUCAAGGAGCAGUACCUGGGGUCCAAGAAGCCCAAGAAGCGGGUCAUCAAGCCCUCGGAGAAGUUCCGCUUCUCCUUCGACUGGGAGAACACCGAGGACACCAGCCGUGACAUGAACACCCUCUACCAGUCGCCGCACGAGGCCCGGCUGCUCUUUGGGCGGGGCUUCCUUGCUGGCAUCGACCGCCGUGAGCAGAAGAAGGCGGCAGCCGCGCACGAGAAGGAGACCCGUGCGGAGCUGCGGCGCAAGGCUGGUGUGGAGGACCGCCCAGAGGAUGAUGUGGUGGAUAAGAAGAAGGCUGCUGCGGCUGAAAUGUAUGAUGCAUUUGACAUGCGUGUGGACAGGCACUGGUCUGAGAAGGCGCUUGAGGAGAUGACCGAGCGGGAUUGGCGUAUUUUCCGUGAGGACUUCAAUAUCUCCUACAAGGGUUCUCGCAUACCGCGUCCAAUGCGGAAGUGGAGUGAGAGCAAGCUUGGGACUGAGCUGCUUCGUGCCAUUGACAAGGCUGGCUAUGAAAAACCAUCACCAAUCCAGAUGGCUGCCAUUCCACUUGGUCUACAGCAGCGUGAUGUUAUUGGUAUUGCUGAGACAGGUUCUGGCAAGACUGCAGCUUUUGUACUCCCCAUGCUGUCGUACAUUACCCGACUGCCACCCAUAAGUGAGGAUAACGAGGCUGAGGGUCCUUAUGCUGUUGUCAUGGCACCUACUCGUGAGCUUGCUCAACAAAUUGAGGAAGAGACUGUGAAAUUUGCAACCUAUCUGGGCAUUAAAGUUGUAUCAAUUGUUGGUGGUCAGUCCAUUGAGGAGCAGGGUUUCAAGAUUAGGCAGGGCUGUGAGAUUGUAAUUGCAACACCUGGCCGGCUUCUUGAUUGCUUGGAAAGGAGGUAUGCUGUGCUCAACCAGUGCAAUUAUGUAGUGCUUGAUGAGGCUGAUAGGAUGAUUGAUAUGGGCUUUGAGCCACAAGUUGUUGGUGUCCUUGAUGCGAUGCCAUCAAGUAACUUGAAACCUGAGAAUGAGGAUGAGGAACUUGAUGAGAAGAGGAUCUACAGGACAACUUAUAUGUUUAGUGCCACCAUGCCACCUGCUGUAGAGCGUCUUGCUAGGAAGUAUCUCCGGAACCCAGUUGUGGUGACAAUCGGUACAGCUGGCAAGGCCACUGAUCUGAUCACCCAGAACGUGAUCAUGGUGAAGGAGCAAGAGAAGAUGUCACGGCUCCAGAAGAUACUCAUGGAUCUUGGAGACAAGACAGCCAUUGUGUUCUGCAAUACUAAGAAGACAGCGGACAUGCGUGCUAAGGAUCUGGACAAGGCAGGCUUCCGUGUCACAACCCUACAUGGAGGGAAGUCACAAGACCAGAGAGAGAUUAGCCUUGACGGAUUCAGAAACCGACGUUUCAAUGUUCUUGUGGCUACUGAUGUUGCAGGGCGUGGUAUUGAUAUUCCUGAUGUCGCACAUGUGAUUAAUUAUGAGAUGCCUAGUUCAAUUGACACAUACACACAUCGCAUUGGAAGAACAGGACGUGCUGGAAAGAAGGGAGUAGCAACUUCAUUUUUAACGCUGGAGAAUACUGAUAUUUUCUUUGAUCUGAAGCAGAUGCUCAUUCAGAGCAACAGUCCUGUGCCUCCUGAACUUGCAAGACAUGAGGCAUCAAAAUUUAAGCCAGGCUCAAUUCCUGAUAGACCUCCAAGGAGAAAUGACACAGUCUUCGCAAAUCAUUGAAGCGACCUACUGAAGUAGCGGUUGAAGAUCUUUUGGACUAGUAUGAGCGCAAUUUCUACUGGAAAGAGAGGGAUCUAGAUUAGUGUUGAAGAGGUACAAAGACUAUUAUGAUUAGAGAUAUUUUAAUUUAUGUUUGAAAGCUGGCUUUAUAUUGUCAUAACUUUAGUAUGUUUUGGUGAUGAUUUAGCUGUGGACCAUGUGUAUCCUAUCAUAAUUUUGUGCUAUUUUGCAAGCUUUGACAUGGCUGAAUUAUAGUAUUCCCUGUGUAUUUUAUAAAUGCUUUUGGUAUAUUUAGGUAGCAUAUUGCUUCA